UUAUACAACUGGGCGGUAGAUUCUUCUGGAGCUGCAUCGAGCAUAAAAGGCAGCACGCCAGUAGGGAGAACAACAGAAAUCAAAUAACUGUGACCAUGAACGGAAAGAUUAUCUUCUACGAGGAGAGGAACUUCCAGGGCUGCUCCUAUGAGUGCAGCAGCGACUGCUCCGAGCUCUCCUCUCACCUGAACAAGUGCAACUCCUGCAGGGUGGAGAGUGGCAUGUUCAUGGUGUACGACCGGCCCAACUACAUGGGCCACCAGUACUUCCUGAGGAGGGGAGAGUACCCUGAGUACCAGCACAUGAUGGGCUUCAACGACUGCAUCAGGUCUUGUCGUAUGAUCCCCCAGCACAAGGGCCAGUUCAGGAUGAGGAUCUACGAGAAGGAGAACUUCGGAGGCCAGAUGCACGAGGUGAUGGACGACUGUGACUCUAUCCAGGAGCGUUACCAUAUGCCCGAGAUGCAGUCCUGCAACGUGAUGGACGGCCACUGGGUCAUGUACGAGCAGCCCCAAUUCAGAGGCAUGCAGACCUACCUGAGGCCUGGAGAGUACAGGAACACAAGAGAGAUGGGAAUGGGAAAUGAUGAAAUGAGGUUCCAGUCCAUGAGGCGCAUCAGCGGCGAUGCUGCCUUUUAAAUGUGUGACUUUUUAAUAAACAUUUUAAACCUUCA